UUAUGGGUUUAUCUUGUAGGGUUGAUUUACAUUGAUUAAGCUAAGUCAAGUUCGAAUGUCGUCUUCUUUGUUGACUUUUGCUUAAACAAAAACAAGAAUAUCUCAAAGAUUAAUGGUGCAAGAGAGACUCAAAAACCGAUCACAUCCAAUUCCGAAACAGAACUCAGCCAUAUUUGACUUCAUCCCACAAACCAUCACUUCUAAAAUGAAGUGCUUUCGGCUUCUUGCUUUGUUGCUUGUCCUGUUACUAGUAGCAGUAACCUUCAUGUCCAUCCUCGUACAUUCUUCACAACUCAAUAACACCAAUAGAGCCGUCAGGUGCUGGGACAGGGAGAGACAAGCUCUUCUCAACAUUAAAGAUGAGCUUGUCGACACUUAUGGUCAACUCACCUCUUGGGGCAACGAUGAUGAUAAAAGGGAUGACUGUUGUGAAUGGAGGGGAGUUCACUGUCAUAAUAGAUCCAAUCAUGUCACACAAUUGAAUCUGGGUCAAUUACAAGGUAAGAUUAGCACUUCUUUACUUGAAUUGCAGCACUUGCGAUACUUAGACCUCAGUUUUAAUGAUUUUGAGCAUGCCCCGAUUCCUGAGUUCUUUGCUUCACUCACCAAACUACGGUAUCUCAAUCUUGCUCGUUCUAAUUUCAGUGGGCCAAUCCCACGUCGAAUAGGGAACCUAUCCAAAUUGCUCUAUUUUGAUAUUUCCUACAACGACUGCUACAGUGAAAACAUUGAUUGGGUCCUUAGUUUUCAUUCACUUGAACACCUUGGCCUGAGUUCUACAAACCUCUCAAAAGCAACCAAUUGGUUACAACCACUAAGCAAGCUGACUUCCUUAAAAGAGUUAUACUUGGCUGAGGGAGCUCUCCCAGAAAUAUCUCCUUCUUUGCUACCCAAAAUCAAUGGUUCCGCCCCUCUUGCCAUUCUUGAUCUCUCAUCAAACUCUUAUCCAUCAAUCAUGAUGUUAUUCCGUUGGUUCUCAAACUUCAGCGGCACUGGUAUGACAUCUAUCAAUCUAGCUGGUAACAGCAUGGCUGGUCCCAUUUCUGAUGUUUUUGAGAAGAUGGUGUUACUUGAAUUUCUUGAUCUCAGUCAAUGCGAUAUCCAAGGUGGGAUUCCUAAGUAUUUUGGGAAUAUGAGCAGUUUAACAAGCUUAGUCAUGUAUGGAAGUAAUUUGACUGUGGACUUUUCCGAGUUAAUAAUGAAUUUGUCUGGGCCGGUACAGAAAAAACUAAAGUACCUUGAUUUGAGUUGGAAUAAUCUAAGUGGAUUGUUCCCCAACAUGUCAGGAUUUUCUUCCUUGAUUCAUUUACGACUUGAGAGAAACCAGUUGAAUGGAUCCAUCCAAGAAGGCCACCUACAACUUCCCCAGCUUGAUUUUCUUGCUUUGUCUUCAAACAGGCUUAGUGGUCCAAUACCUGAUCUAUCAUUUUCUUCGUCAUUGGGAUUUUUACAUCUAGACAAUAAUACGUUUAAUGGAACUUUAACUCAAAGCAUUGGAAGCCUCUCUCAGUUACGAGUAUUGGACUUAUCUUUUAACUCGUUUCUGGAAGUCAAGUUCGACCCUUAUUGGGUUCCUACUUUCCAACUAGGUUAUUUGAGCUUGAGGCAUUGUAAACUAGGGAAAUAUUUUCCUGCCUGGAUCAUAACACAGAAAGAACUUGAACAUCUUGAUAUAUCAAAUACUGGGAUUUCAGACAUCUUACCUAGCUGGUUGGUUCUCGUAUCUCCUAGACUCAUACAUCUGAAUGCAUCAAACAACCAAAUGUACGGUGUUUCAAGACUAAGAGAUGCCUUGGUACCUCGUUCUCGUCUACGUGCAACGACAUUGGAUAUAUCAAGAAACAAAAUUUCGGGUUCAUUAGAUUUUUUGUGCUAUGUCCAAGAGUGGGGGUUGCUCGACCUCUCAGACAACCAUUUCUCUAGCCAGAUUCCUGAUUGUUUCGCCAAUUUUCGGUGGUUAAGAUUUCUUAAUUUAGCAAACAAUCACUUGUCCGGGGAGAUACCUUAUUCAUUUGGCUUGCUUAGUUCCCUCACUUUGCUGCAUUUACGUAGCAAUAGUCUCUCAGGUGAACUUCCCACAUCUAUGAGGAAUUGCACGAGUUUGGAGAUGAUUGAUGUUGGGGAUAAUAGACUUAUUGGGAGAAUACCAGAUUGGAUAGGGGAUAGCUUCCCUGAGCUAAGAGUUCUUGUCCUUCGGUCUAAUGCGUUUUAUGGUAGCAUGCCUUGGAGUCUAUGUCGUCUAGCAAACCUUCAAAUCUUAGACAUCUCUUCCAACAAGAUUUCCGAAGUUAUACCAAAGUGUCUUCAAGAUUUCAAUGCUAUGACUACAGACUUGAAUCCUGAUCCAUUCUCGAACCCUUGGGGCACAUUGCAAGUUCCAUCAGAUUACACAUGGGAAAUAUCAAACAUCAAAUCCUUUCAAAGUGCAUAUUUCAUGUGGAAAGGAAUGGAGGUGAAGUACACAAAUCAUUUGGGACUCGUGAAGCUAAUCGAUUUUUCAAACAAUAAUUUAGCAGGUGAAAUACCUUCGGGCAUCACAAAAUUAGUUGGUUUGGUGGGACUCAACAUCUCCUGGAAUAAUUUAAUCGGACCCAUUCCUUCAGACAUCGGGCAAUUGAAGUCCUUGAAUUUUCUUGAUUUCUCAAGGAACCACCUCUCAGGUGGUAUUCCAACUAGUCUUGGCACUCUGAGCCACCUUGGAGUCUUGGACUUGUCCUACAACGACUUGUCUGGAAGAAUUCCUCUGAACGGUCAAGGGCUUACUUUUCCUGUAUCAGCUUAUGUAGGUAAUGCUGGCCUAUGUGGAAGACCACUCAAUAAGUCUUGCCCGGGAGAUGAAUCUUAUCAAGAUCCAAAUUCAAAAGUCAACAGUGGCAAUGUAAUAACAAAAGGAGAAUCUGAAGAUGAUGGGUUUAUAACACAAGGAUUUUAUGUCACACUCGGACUUGGUUUCAUUAUUGGAUUUUGGGGAAUCCUUGGAACAAUAUUGCUCAACAAACGAUUCAGAUAUACAUUUUUCAAGCACUUGGACAGCAUUGGAGAAUCUAUUUUUCCAAGGAAUAGAGCUAAAGAGGCCCGUUUGUGGAAAUGUUUCCAAAAUCAGUGAGCAUGUACUUUCUAAUUAUGUUCUGCUUUCUUUUUCUGAUAACUACACUUUCUUUGAGCUCUCGACAGCCCAGUUCGCCAACAAUGGAAAUUGUUAGGAAUUCAUAAUCCAAGUAAACAGUAUUUAUUUCUUUUUAUUUAGAAUUUUAAGAUUUCUUUCAUCUGUAACACUAAUUGUACUAAUAAUAUUUUGUACUAACAUCAACAUUGACCA